UCAGAUGUCAAUGUCAAUUUGUUAUUAAAAGUAGGGUUAAUACAUUUGUAGUUAUUCAUAGCUAUUUCGGUUUUCGGUAGUUAUUUAUUAUUAUUGUUAUUGUUAUUUAUUUGUGUAAUAAAUCAGUAAAAUGCGCCGAAGAGCAGGUGUAGGUGCAAUUCAAAAACAAAAAUUAGAACAAGAAAAGUAUAAAGAUAAAGGGAGUUUAAUUCAAGAAAAUCAACUUGAACAAAUGACCAAACAAUUAGAAGUAUUUCGAACAAAUUUAGAAGAGUUCGCAUCAAAUCAUAAGAAUGAAAUACGGAAAAAUGCUGAAUUUCGUAAACAAUUCCAAGAAAUGUGUACAGCAAUUGGUGUGGAUCCUUUAGCAUCAGGAAAAGGAUUUUGGUCUGUGCUAGGUAUUGGUGAUUUUUAUUACGAAUUAGCCGUACAAAUUGUUGAAGUGUGUUUAGCAACAAACCAAAAAAAUGGUGGACUUAUUGGCUUAAACGAGCUGCGAACUCGACUUAUAAAAGCUAGAGGUCAACGUAAAGAACAUCAAGAGAUUACAAACGAAGAUUUAUUAGCUGCUGCUAGAAAGUUACGAAUAUUUGGCAAUGGUUUUUCAGUUUUACCUAUCGGCAAAGGUGAAUAUUUAGUACAGUCUAUACCUGGAGAAUUGAGCAUGGAUCAUACAGCUGUUCUUCAACAAGCGUCUAACUCAAACACAGCCUCUGUAUCGGUUUCCCAAUUAAAACAAUCACUUAAUUGGGAAGAAGAACGUGUUCAAAAGGCCUUAGAUCAUAUGGUGAAAGAAGGUUUAGCGUGGAUUGAUUUACAAUCACCAGAAGAAAAUUUAUAUUGGUUUCCAAGUUUGUUUUCAGCAUGUAUUCAGUCAUCUUAGUGAAGAUAAAUGCAUUUCAAUGUUAAGGAAUUACAAAUUAAUUAAUGUUUUACAUAAAAUUUUUCAAAAACACUAUAAUUAUUUUAAUGAAUGUUUAAU